GUGGCUGCAGCGCUGGAUGCAAAGCUGAAAGAGUCACUGCAGCAGCGCUUAAGAUCCAAGGGUCUUAUUCACCUCCCUGUCUUUUGUGUUUGCGUGUGGGUUUUUCUCAAAGCACAUUGCUUUUCUUACUUGAGAGAUCCCACCGUCUGCUUCAGAAGAUGCUUUCGCAGAAAUGGUGGGGGGUUCUUUACUUCACUUUCUCUUUGUGUGCCUAUGUGCCCCUGUUCUUCCUUCAAGAUUGUUUGGCAUGUAAAUCUGAAGAAAGGUUGUUUCACAAACUCUUCUCCCGUUACAACCAGUACAUCAGACCUGUGGAAAAUGUCUCUGAUCCUGUUACAGUGCACUUUGAAGUGGCUAUUACACAGCUUGCAAAUGUGGAUGAAGUCAACCAGAUUAUGGAAACCAACCUCUGGCUGCGACAUAUUUGGAAUGACUAUAAACUGCGGUGGAACCCAAUGGAAUAUGAAGGAAUUGAGUUUGUUCGGGUGCCAGCAGAUAAAAUUUGGAAACCUGAUAUUGUUCUAUACAACAAUGCUGUUGGAGAUUUCCAGGUUGAAGGACGGACGAAAGCUCUUCUCAAAUACGAUGGGACCAUCACGUGGACACCACCUGCCAUCUUUAAAAGCUCCUGCCCCAUGGAUAUUACAUUCUUCCCUUUUGAUCACCAGAACUGUUCCCUAAAAUUUGGAUCAUGGACUUACGACAAAGCUAAAAUUGACCUUCUGAUUAUUGGUUCUAAAGUGGAUAUGAAUGAUUUUUGGGAAAACAGUGAAUGGGAGAUAAUUGAUGCUUCUGGCUAUAAGCAUGACAUCAAGUACAACUGUUGUGAGGAGAUCUAUACAGAUAUAACCUACUCCUUUUAUAUCCGAAGGCUGCCAAUGUUUUACACCAUUAAUCUGAUCAUCCCCUGCCUGUUCAUUUCAUUUCUGACGGUAUUAGUUUUUUACCUUCCAUCUGACUGUGGAGAAAAAGUGACUCUGUGUAUCUCUGUCCUACUUUCUUUGACUGUUUUCCUGUUGGUAAUCACAGAGACAAUUCCCUCCACCUCAUUGGUAAUCCCCCUCGUGGGAGAAUACCUGCUGUUCACCAUGAUAUUUGUGACUCUCUCUAUUGUCGUCACCGUGUUUGUGCUGAACAUCCAUUACAGGACUCCGACGACUCACUCAAUGCCUAUGUGGGUCAAAACUGUCUUCCUCCGUCUUCUGCCUAAAGUUCUGAUGAUGAAGAGACCCAUACAGAAGUGCAUCGAAACCCAACCUAAAAAACCCCAAAAGGCUGGAGCUACUAAAUCCGGUAAGAAAAAAGCAGAUGACUCUGAAGAAGCAAAAGUCCCCCGUGAACACAGGUGCUGCCACUGUGACAGUGAACCUGCAGUGAGUAAGAAAAGGAGGCUAAGCCAACAGUCUGCAAAAUGGGCAGCUGAGCAACUUGAAUAUUCCCCAGAGGUCAAGGAGGUCAUUAACAGUGUUCAGUUCAUUGCAGAAAACAUGAGGACUCAGAAUCAGACAAAAGAGGUGGAAGAUGACUGGAAAUACGUUGCCAUGGUCAUUGACAGAGUGUUCCUGUGGGUGUUCAUCUUUAUCUGUGUAUUUGGGACUGCAGGAUUAUUUCUACAGCCACUGAUAGCAGACACAUAACCUGCUGGUUAUCUAAGACUGGCUUUUAUCUAUUCCGUCUCUAAAGCUUUGCUUGUGCUCUCAAAUAUUUUCUAAUGUUAUAUUCAAACCACCCACUUGCAGUAGGCUAUAGAACAGAGUUUGUGAAGUUGUGGUUGUUGAAUUUCAGUUCCCAUCAACCCUAGAUAGCCUGCCCAAGGAUGAGGUAAAAUGGGAAUAAUAGUCUAUCAAUACAUGGAAGGUCAAAGGUACCCCACCUAUUACAGAAUGUCAGUUUCUCACCUCAGCUAAUAUUUUCUUCCUUAUCUGCCAACAAGAUAGCAUACUGUGCUGUUUUGGACUGAAAUUCCCAUAAUCUUUAACCAAUGCAGAGGCUGUGCUGGUUGAGGAUUAUGAGAAUUAGUCUAAUGCAUUUGGAGGAUGUCAGACAAGGUUAAGAAAGCCACAUUAAGCCACUGGUUUUCAAAUUGUUCACUCUCAGGGAGCACCUUCUACGUUGACUUGGGGCCAAAAUACACAUUCAGAGAAAUACAUCUUUCCUACUAUUACCUUCCAAGCAAUGUGGUCUGCUUUACUAUUCAUGACUAGAGAUGGGUGUAUUCGUAUUUGUAUAUGAAUA